UCCUCCUCUCCCUCUCUCCGUCUUUCUCCUCUUCCACUCUCCUCUCCCAGCCCGAGUGCAUGACGUCUCCACUCAGUUGUUGAAUGCUUUAUUUUUUUUUGCACUGGGCGGCUGCAGUUGCACUUUAUUGGAGGUUUAUUCUGUCGGGACUGUUUUGCCACAUAGAGAAGUGAUUCAGAGAGAUGCGAGGUAAGAAAAGCCGGCUGAGUAAUUGCGAGCUCUGCACAUUGCGGACCUGGGACGAGUGAAGUGUGAGGGGGAGCCGCCGAGAGGAACAGGUGGAGCACUGGCAUCAUCAGCUUUAACAGUUCAGCGUGAUUACUUCAAAAAGUGCCCAGACGCGCGGAUGCAUUUAUCACUGGACACCAUGAGCAUGGUGGACGACAGCUGCCUCUCACCCGGCAACUUCCACGAGAUGGGCAAAGGUGGGGGCGUCGCUGUGGGGGGCCGCGUCCACAGCAUCGAUGUCAUUCUGGGUUUCAGCAAAGACCAGGACCCCCUGCUCAGCCCCGACGGGCCCCCGCGGCCCCACAAAGUGGACAUAGAUGGCCUGGCGGAGCCUGGCAGACAGCAGGAGCCCACAUCGCACCCAACCUACAGCGGGCACCUUUCCUCUCUGAGAAACGGCAGCACGGAGCAGCAGCAGUACCACGAUAGCGGCUUUUUCGCCAACAAGUGCGACGAGGAGCUCAGUGAACUGAGGAAGACUGUGGAGAGUGACGAAGGCAAGUCUCCCGAGCCGUGCAAGGACGAGCAGCCCAAGAAGAAGCACCGGCGCAACCGCACCACCUUCACCACCUACCAGCUGCACGAGCUGGAGCGUGCCUUUGAGAAGUCCCACUACCCGGACGUGUACAGCCGCGAGGAGCUCGCCAUGAAGGUCAACCUCCCUGAAGUCCGAGUUCAGGUCUGGUUCCAGAACCGCAGAGCUAAAUGGCGUCGGCAGGAAAAAAUGGAUGCCAGCACCAUGAAGCUGCACGACUCGCCGAUGCUUUCCUUCAACCGCCCGCCGCAGGUUCAUACCAGCAUGGGGGCGAUGACCAAUUCCCUCCCCCUGGACCCGUGGCUCUCCUCCCCCCUGUCCAGUGCCACACCGGUCCACAGCAUCCCGGGCUUCAUGGGUCCACCUCAGGGCCUCCAACCCAGCUACCCCAGUCACGGCUUCCUCAACUCCUCUCCUCAUCCUCCUCAUCCUCACUCUCAUCCUCAUCCGUCUAUGGGCCAGGGAAUGCAGAGUAUGGCCCCUCCUCCCUACCAGUGCACAGCGCCGUACAAUGAUAAGUACCCUCUGGAGGACGUGGACCAGCGCAGCUCCAGUAUCGCUGCUCUGAGAAUGAAAGCCAAGGAGCAUCUCCAAUCCAUGGACAAGACCUGGCAUCCCAUGUGACUAAAUGAACUAUCCGUCCACGUGAAUGACAUUGGGAAAGGGAGGUGUUGUCAGUGAGUAACAUGUUGAGAAAUACGGCAGUGGCUCGUCUUAUACCCAUAGAGCAAAGGAAAUUAAUUUUGUACUGUGAAAACUGAGGAUUUUUGACGUCCUCCCUUUUUUUGUUCCUCAUCUCAAGGACAUGAAGCAUACAAGUGAACUCUAUAGUUUGGUUGAGUUGCUCAUUUUAAAACCACCAAAUUCCAGAUAUCCGUUCUCCCUCGAAUAUGAAAGUGUUUAGCAAUGCCUUGGGUGCUUCAAAGGAAAAUGACUUCUUGCACUCUGGAAAGCCAGAGAAUGUCUUUCCUGACCAGCCAUCUUUUUUUAAAUGACAGACCUUUGUGUUUUUACUGCCACAAUUACCCAUCGAUAAAUGCGUACUUCCAACCAUAUUCCUUAACGGCUUGUCUGCUGAUAACAGGCGGCAGGUUAUCAGGGGUCACAAACACACUUUAAACAUAUAUGAAAGAAAUUGUAAAGUUGUUUUUAUUGUCUAGAAAUGUUAAGCAGACAGCUUUCCAUCAACAGGAUGUUUGUUUAAACUGAGAAUCCCCCAAAUAUGGGUAUUGUUGUUCUCAUCAUCUCAUGUUUUCUUUUUCUUCUAUUCUCCCAUUUUUUUUUUUACCAAGUUUGUGUUUUUACGAAUUAAUCCAAUCGUCAUUUUCAUGGGUCAGCUAGUCAGCGUCUGAGACAACUGUGUGGAGGAGAAUCCCGUCUCAGAUUAAUGUGAGCACAGCUUUAAAAAGCUACGACUGUGACGUCACAUUCAGAUCUCACUCAUCUUUUGACUCAUAAAAACAUGUGUUUAAGCUUCCCUCACUAUGUUUUUUUUUAACUGGUUGCCCAGUUGAGAUAUAUAUUUAGAUUACCUGGUAUGACUGGCAAAAGGACCAAUGGGGACCAAUGGGGCCGACUAUCUUGUUUCCAAUAUACGGUAAGAGGACAAUCAAACAAGUAUCGAUGGCACCUUUAAAGCGGACCACGGCUGAACAUAUACCAAAAAUAGUUCUGCACAGUUUCUGUGACCUGUGCAAAGAUUGCUUUAAAUAAGUAUGACAGAAAGAAAGAAAGACAGACAGACAGAAAUAAAUAAUAGAGAGCAGAGUAACUCUCUUUUUGCUUGAGUGGCUGUUGGAGAAGAAGACCCGUUGGCAGCUCGGUGUUGGGUGGCUGCGUGUACGUGCAGGGCAGCAGAAAAAGCCCUGUGUGAUGCGUCACCCCAAAUAGUUUAGUCUUUGUUCUUCACAAUUGAUCCAAGUGUAUCCUCUUUGUCUAAAAGAGGCGGAGGAGGGGGUCGUGAGAGGGUGGGGGGGACAGUCUCAGGCUGCACUAAAGAGGCCCUUGUAAUCAUUUUGUCAUGGAGUUUUUUUUUCUUUCUCAAUCAAAGGAGGAGAGACAUGGAUUUUAGCUACGGUCAUUAGUGACACAAUAUUGUUCUUUUCUGUUACAGAGUCAAGCUCUAGUUGUCUUCAUAUGUGUUUCACAUGAGCUGUAGAGAGAAAAUAGAUUUGAAUGAGACAUUUUUGCAUCGCAAGUAGCAAAUAACUGAAUGUGUACAGCAAGACAAAUUCUUUGUUAAGGAACACGAGGGACAGAAAAUCCUUCAGCUUAAAGUGCAAUUUCAGACCACCCAUAAUUUUUUUGACAUGUAUUUCCUUUCUUUUUUUUAUGGGAAGAAGACACAUUUCCCCCUAACUACCUAUUACAUGGUUGUGAUAUUUAUAAAAUGAUUGCUGACAGCAAGUCAUGCAUCCACACUGACGGCAGCGGCAACAACAACAUUAAUUGUUAUUUUUUAAUUUCAUUUAAAAACCCAUAGCUGUACCGCUAACAGACGAAAGAAACCCAGAUAUUAAUUUUGUUAUGCUGUUGGAUAGUGAUGUUUAGACUUCCUAUUGUACAAUGCCAGGAUCUCACACUGUUGAGGGAAUAAGGAUUACCUUGCACGUUAAGAGCGUCUUUAGGAUGCUAAAUACAGUAAAUGUGGACCAAGAAUAAGCCAAAGGUUAGAUACAGGACAAAAAUGCACUAGAAGUUUGAGUUGGUUAGUUGUUUUUUUAUGCGUGAAAAGUUUAAAAUAUUUGCUUGAAUGGCUGUUUGGUUUCUCACAUGUCCUAGUUAUAUCUGUCCUAGUGACCUCAUUGUUUUCUUUCUUUUUGACUUUGUCUGGGGUCGUUGAUAUCCAUAUUCUGGAAAGGAUCUAAUGAAAAAAUAAAUAUAGUUUGAUAGAA